AUGCGUCAACUCGUGCGUAACGUCAACAGUAGGUGGCGGUAGACAAACAACAAUUUGAUCUGUAGAAGAAGAAGAAGAAGAAAAAAGGAGACGAAGGUUCGUUUAUACAAUGGACACGCGGUUCACUCGAGGGAAGUCGAACAUCUUGGAGCGGCCCCUGACCCGACCCAAGACUGAAGUCAGUCAGAGCGCCUUUGCCCUCCUGUUUUCGGAGAUGGUGCAGUACUGCCAGAGCCGUGUGUACUCUGUUUCCGAGCUGCAGACACGUCUGGCUGACAUGGGCCAGAGCGUCGGAGCCAGCAUGCUGGAUGUGCUGGUGCUGAGAGAGAAGAACGGCAAGAGGGAGACCAAAGUGCUCAACAUGCUGCUCUUCAUCAAAGUUAAUGUGUGGAAGUCUUUGUUUGGGAAGGAGGCUGACAAGCUGGAGCAGGCCAACGAUGAUGACAAGACUUACUACAUCAUAGAAAAGGAGCCGCUUGUCAAUGCGUACAUCUCCGUGCCCAAAGAGAACAGCAGCUUGAACUGCGCCGCCUUCACUGCUGGCAUCGUGGAGGCCAUCCUCACACAUAGUGGCUUCGCUGCCAAAGUCACUGCCCACUGGCACAAAGGCACCACGCUCAUGAUAAAGUUCAGUGAGUCGGUCAUAGCCAGGGACAAGGCUUUGGAUGGCAGGUAGAGACUGGAUCGAGAGGCCGGUGUGUGUUAAUCAGGACUGGAGGAGGACACAUGGCUCAGACUGGUGCUUAUUUCUAAAUGUGACUGAAUUUCACUGUGGUGGCUGUGAAGAUGGCGACCUCACCACACCGAGCCACAGCUGACUGGUUCAGCCUGCAGGGUUUUCUUGUCACAUUUUCACACCAUCCUUUCACUGCGAUGUAGCCCAACGGGUCACCAUGUUUAUAUUAAAUAGCGUCACUUGGAAGCGGCCCGUUUCUGUUUAUCUUUGGACUUUGUCAGGCCUAAAUAAUGAAUUAGCUCACUGAGAAAAUAAACAGGGUAUUUGAUCAUGAAAGUGUGUCUCUAAUCCAUCCAUCCAUCCAUCUUCGUCUGAGACCGGGUCGUGGGGGCAGUAGUCUGAGCAGAGCCUCCCAGGCU